UUUAAAAUACUAGUUCUGAUGAUUCUGGCUAUAAUAUGAUCAAGAUAUAAAACUUUUGUUAAGUUUUGUCUGUUAUUAUCUGAAAAGAGUUUGUUUUUUUUUCGAGAUUUGGACGAAUGGAAUGUAAACCAUAGCUGCCCGCAGUUAAAAUGGCCGAAAGAAAGCGAUGAAGUUUCUUUUGUUGCUAAAUAAUUUUUCAUCUUCUAAAGACUAGAAGUGCAAUAAAAAUGAAGGAAAUAAACAUAAAUAUUGAAGGCUAUAAUGUUAACGGGAUAUGCGUCGGCUGCUUAAGCUAUAAUCGUCGUAUGUUUUAUCAUAGAGACAUCAAAGAAUGUUUCCGUUUGCUAGGAAAUAUUGACGUGCCCGAUGGUCUUGAAAUACAAGUAUGCUGGGAAUGUCUGGUCUACAUCAGAUCUGCUCUCAGGUUCAAGGAUCAGAUACUGCAGUCUUUUGAUUUUCUCAUCAAGUAUUCUCAAGAGCGGACAUUCCUGGAUUCCCCGAAUGACUUCCUACCCCACUGCAAUAGCAGAGUAAGCAGAUUUAUAACAACGGACGUGGAGUCCUGUGAUAUUCUGACUGAAGUGUCCGCUACUAAUGACAAAACUGUGGAAAUUAAGAUCGAAGAUGACGAUGUUAAGUUUGAAUUAGACGCGUCAGAAGUAAAAGAAGAAAGUUCAGACCACACAUACGCAGAUAUAUUCCACGAGGUACCGAUACUGGACCAUGAUCUGACUUCAGAUGAGGAUGUGCAGCUGUCUAAGAUUAAGGAGAAGGAGGAAAAGGGACGGAAGAAGAGGAAGGAUGAGAGGAAAAGGGAUAGGAUGCCAGCGAACAAAAAACCAAGAAAAUCCACCCGCGGCCUUUGCGAAACCGCUGAUUUUGAGGCAGCUUACCACGAAACAUUGAAAGGAACUUCACUAAGAAAAGCUGCCAUUAUGUUUAACGUAAAUUUUAACACUUUAAGACGAUAUAAAUCUCUUAGAAAAAUUUCUAACCACCCCGUCAAAAUGGGGUAUGCGUCUAACACUAUAUUUUCGUCAGAACAGGAAUUAAUCUUAACGUCUUAUUUGGAAAAAUAUGGUCUAAUAUACUUCGGUCUUUCGUCGAAAAUUGUCAGAAUAUACGCUUCAGAGUUCAGUUCGAAAUUAGGCAUCAAAAGACCAAAAUCUUGGGUGGAAAGUGGUACCGCUGGGACAGAUUGGUACAAAAAUUUUGCAUUCAAAAAUAAAGGCAUAGAAGAUAAAGUUAAAAGGUUGAAUUCUAAAGAGAAAGUAAAAAUUUUCUACGAUAGACUUUGGUCUACUCUGAGUGAAUUUAAUUUUGGUUCUCAAAAUAUUUUUUGUGUGGACGAAAUCGGUUUUAAUAUAGAGGAAGAUAAAAAGAUCAGUAUAAUAAAUACUAAGAGUGGUCCCUUGGCUUUAAAAAGUUCAGAAGUUAAAUUGACUUACGCAGCUAAUGCUGCUGGGUUUAUCAUACCCCCUUUAUUUUUUAUACCACCCGAAAAAGACGUGAAUUCUUCAAUUUUAGACGUGGAAAUAAAAAUUGAAGACGGUUUAAAAAUUAAUGAAAAUACUACAUUUAAUAAUUUCUUAAAACAUGGUAUAGACCUCAAGAAUUUACCCGAUUGGACUGAAAAUUCAGACCUCCUAGUAUUUUUAAACCAUUUUCAAAAUCAUUUGAAAGAGUCUAUAGGUCCAAAAUUGCUUUUGCUACUCGAAAAUCAGACCUAUCAUUUGAGUAUUGACUGCAUCGAGUUUUGUGAAGCCAAUGAUAUAAUUUUACUUGUAAUACCGACAUAUUUUGGGCAAAAUAUACAACCCUUAAACCAAAUUUUCAGUUCUUUGAAAAAAUCUUUAAGUAAGUCUUUUAAUGAAAAUUUGACCAACAAUUUAAAUAAGAAAUUUAGUAUAUAUGAAAUACCUAGUUUAGUAGGAAAAGUAUUUUGUGAAAAAUUAAAUUUAAAAGAUAUUGUAAAUGGUUUCAAAAGUACAGGAAUUCAUCCUUAUAAUAGAGAAUUGAUUGUCAACGACUUGGAUGGAAAUAGUACUGAAAUUACUUAAAUAUGUUAAUUUUGUCUUAAUAUAAUGAACAA